AUGGAACCUUAUGAAAAAUGCGGAGAGUUUAAUGAUGCGAAGAAGGUGUUUGAUGAAAUACCUGAAAGAGAUGGUAUUGCCUCUACUGUUAUGAUGUCAUGUUAUCUUGAUCAUAGGUUGGUGAAUAAAGCAAAGGAUGAAUUUCGUCUGGUUUCUACCAAGGAUAAUAUUUGCUGGACAACUAUGAUUGAUGGGUUGGUUAGAAAUCGUGAAAUGAACUUUGCAUUGAAGUUAUUUAGAGAAAUGCAGAUGGCAGGUGUAAAGCCUAAUGAAGUUACUAUUGUUUGUGUUCUAUCUACUUGUGCGCAGUUGAGCGUAUUAGACCUCGGUAAAUGGGUUCAUUCGUAUGUGGAGAAGUACAACAUUGAAGUUAAUCAUUUAGGUUGUUCAACUUUGGUGAAUAUGUAUUCAAGGUGUGGAGAUUUUAAACUUCUCUCAGUUUCCUCUCUCUUCUCCUUUGGCUCCGACGUCGUCAUACACGAAGUGGUCCUUAGCACCCCUGCAGCUAAGGCGGCAGUCGUAGCCGCCGGUGAUGUCGGAAUCCAUGGCUUCAUCUCAGAUUUGGACGGAAUCAGGGCUUCUUCUUGUUGUUGUAUAUUAGAUCUGAAUGUAUUCGUUAUUUUUUUAGUGUAA